AUGGCUUUUGGGGAUGUCAACGAUAGCACGAUUAGAGAAGUUGAACGCAUUCAAGCUGAACUUAUUUUCAACUACGAGCAGUUCACUGUAUUCUGCAGCUGGCCAAGGUUGGGGAAGUUGCUGUUCAGAGAUCGUUGGAAGAGGUACUCGAAUAUCUUGAAGAGUCAGGCUGAAAUAAUCUUGCCUUUAAUCAGAACUCGAAAGAAGUUAAAGCAAAAGGAAAGCAAACAAUCCGAGUUGGUAUCAUACACAGAUACCUUACUGGAUAUGAAAAUGAAUGAUGAUCAUGAUCAGGAAGCUGGCAAGCUUGAGGAAGCCGAUAUACUGAGUUUGUGCUCAGAGUUCAUCAAUGCCGGCGCCGACACAAGCCUAACGACGCUGCAGUGGAUCAUGGCAAAUAUAGUGAAGCACCCACACAUUCAAGCCAAGCUUUUUGCUGAAAUCAAGGCGGUGGUGGGAGAAGGAGCCGAAGAGAUUAAGGAGGAAGAUGUGCAGAAGAUGACAUAUUUGAAAGCAGUGAUUCUCGAGACUCUAAGAAUUCACCCUCCAAGUACCUUCUUGGUACCGCAUGCAGUCUCAGAAGAUGCAGAACUUCUUGGCUACAGAAUCCCGAAAGAUACGACAGUGAACUUCGUGAUAUCACUGAUGGGGCGGGAUCCAAAGGAGUGGGAGAAUCCAAUGGAGUUCAGGCCGGAGAGGUUGCUGAAUCGCGGAGAAAAUGGAGAACCAGAUCGUGUGUCUGAUGUUACAGCUUACAAGAUGAUGCCGUUUGGUUCAGGGAGGAGGAUCUGUCCGGGGAAUAGAUUAGCCCUGCUUAAUCUGGAGUAUUUUGUUUCAAAUUUGGUAUGGAAUUUUGAGUGGAAACCAGUGGACGGAGAAGGUGUUGAUCUUUCGGAUAAGGAGGAGUUCUUGAUGGUGAUGAAGAAUCCUCUGCGAGCCCACGUGUCUCCAAGAAUCAAAUGA